CCCCAAUGCAGCCCCUUGGAGCCUCCUUGGCAGGCUCUUGGAGCUGCUGCCUGCAGCAGCUGGAAGCCAAAAGCAGCCCGGGAGCACUGCCCCACAGCACAGCCCGCGCAGCCCCUAAGCCAGUCUGAGAAUGGCUGGCACCCUGGAAGCGCUGCCUGAGGGGCGGCAGUGGCCACAGGAGGCCAGAGCAAAGAAAAGCAGCACCAGGCGGCCCUUUGGUGCUGGUGGCUCUGCCCUCUGGGCAUUCUUGUUAGGUGGACCUGCCCUGGCUCUAGGAGUGAGAGCUAGGCUGUUCUACCCUCUGGUUACUUUGUUUCCAUCUGCAUGCUGCUACAACUGUCCCAAGGGGAAGAAAACACACAGCCAAGCUGGAGCACUGGGCAGGAGGGGAGCUGAGUUUCCUUCCAGCGCCAGGCAUGGGCAGAGCCCUGGCACCUUCCAGAGUGCAGCCCCCCAGUGCAUGACCCAGCUCUCCCCACCAGAAGCCCUCCCGUCAGGGCAAAGGCUCCCACUCUGCCCGACUCUUCCUGCUGGACCUCCAGGCCGUCCCCAAGGCCGCUGGAAGCUCUCAGUGGGCAGUGGGCAGGGGCAGCAGUGGAGGCAGUGCUGCCAGUGGCCCAGAGCCCGGAUGGGGCCUGAUGCCAGUGGCUCUGGGACAUCUCCAGCCUCCUAGAGCGGUGCCAAGGGCAAGAAAUCCCAGAGCAAGCGGUGUGCCAUGGGGAAGAAGCAAGGAGAAAGAGCUGUCUCAGGAAAGCAGGAAAGCCAGCCAAGGGCACGCUGUCUGGGUUGGGCCCUUGUAGCCGGCGGUGUUGCUGAAACCCUGCACUGGGGGCUUACCAGGAGGGGCCCAGUUCCCCCAGCAGUGUGGGCAGAGACGCUGAGCUGCACAGCACAUGUCCUGCCCCAGCAAGUCCCCAGGACCCCCCUGUUGUCCCAAAGCGGGGUCUUUCCUGCUGGGUGCAAGAGGUCGAUCCACACACACGGUCGAGAGCUUUGAUUUAUUGAAACUUCUGCACAGAAGGGCAUGCUGGUUGGCAAGCCCUAAAGCUUAGCAAGGCAAUUCUUGCCACAAGUAACUUCUCUCUCUGAGCCUGGGACAUCCCGCGGCCACGGCUGGCUGCCCAGGGCGGUGGCAGCGCCAGCUGCGGGAUGCAGACAGGGCUGAACCGCGGGGAGGCCGCGGGCAGCGGGGCCGUGCGGGAGCUGUUGGCUGGGACCGGCUGGAGCGUCUGGGAGGGGAAAGCGGGGGAGCCUUGUGCCGGGCACAGCCGGCUGCAAGUAGUUGCAACCAGCCGCAGCCAGUUGUGUGCCCCCUGCGCUGCUGUCCUCGGGGCGCCGGGAAAUGGCCCAUUGUGACAGCGGUGGUGCGUUGCCGAGCCCUUUGUGAUGCGGGACCUGCUUGGGCCCGCGGGCCAUUGUGACAGCGCGGGGCCCCACCCUGCCCGGCAGGCUAUUUAAGAGGGCAGAGCCCUGCAGUGCCCUCUUUCUCCCAGGAGAGCAUCUGUCUCAGGAGGCAGCAUCUCUCUUGGGGGCCUCAGCGGCAGAGGAAGUAGCCGACGCGAUAGAUUUGCAAGAUGAAGAAGUUCAUCGACUUGCAGCCGCGCAAGUGGCUGUCGAGCUGGCAGAGGAAGCACAAGGUGGACAACUGGCAGACGCAGGCAGCAGCGCAGGAAGAGGAGAAGAGCGCCUCUUCUGCUGCUGCCGUGGCUGAGCAGGUGAGAGCAGCAGGGGCAGAGAGCCAGGCAGCUGCCCCACGCAGCCCCAGAGGCGGCGGCCGCGCUGUGCUGGGCACCCUGCAGCGCGUGGCACGCGCCGCCCGCAGCAGGCUCGCGGUUGGGAUGCGGCGGCGUGGCCAGAAGCCGGAGCCACAGAGGGAGGUGGAACAAGGUAUGCAGGCAGCCAGAGCAGGAACAUCCGCAGCAGCAGGGUCAGAGAGGCAGGACUCUGCCCUGCAAAGCCCCUGCUGUCCCCCCAGCCCCUUCCCAAGCCAUCUGGAAGCCCUCAGUGGGCAGUGGGCCGGGGCAGCAGCAGGGGCAGUGCUGCCAGUGGCAGAGAGCCAGGACGAGGCCUGCUCUGAGGAUGAGAGUCUCUGGGAUAUCUCCAGCCUCCUCCAGCUGUCAACAGGGGAUGAAAACACAGAGGAAAGCUGGAGUAGUGGGCAGGAAUGUAGCUCAGUGUCCCUCCCACGCCAGGCCUGGGCAGAGCCCGGGAGCUCUUACACCAGGGCAAAGCCCCCCACCCCGGACGGCUUUCCAGACCGCUGCGCCCUCAGCGCCUUGCCAAGUGACCUGGAAGCUCUCAGUGGCCAGUGGGCAGGGAAAGCAGCCAAGGCCGUCCUCCCAGUGGCACCGAGCAAGGAUGGGGCCUGCUCUGAGGAGCUCUCAGACAUCUGCAGCCUCCUAGAGCUGCCCCAAGAAGAACGCAGCGGAGACCAAAGGUGGAGGAGGAGAGAAAAGAGGCUCCCCGUGCCCAUGCCACGGGAGGCAUGGUCAGAGCCCUGGGACCUUCAAGUGCCCACACCCAGAGCCCGUGCCCCAGUUCGUGGCAGCAGCAGCCCUUACAUUAGGCCACAGGCCCCGAGCCCGGACGCCUGCCCCCCCAGCCCCUCGCCAAGCCAGCUGUCAGCUCCCAGUGGGCAGUGGGCAGGGCUCCCGCACGUCUCCAGGGACUCUGCAGGGCAAGAAAACACAGACCCACCGCUGUCCCCGGAAGAAGACAGCCACGAGGAGGAGCUGUCAGAGAAGAAAGGGGACGGCAUCAAAAUAUACACCAUCUGGGUCAAGCCCUCCCUCAUUCCGGUGCUGCUGGAGCCUCAGCCUGCUGGCCAGGAAGGGCCCAAAUGUCCCUGCGUCAUCUGCGCAGAGGCGGCCCAAGAGGCAGUCGGGGACCCGCGCGGCACAUCUCCUGCCCCGGCGGGUCCCAGGCACAGCCGGCCAACGGCUGCUGCCCCGCAGCGCCCCACAGGCUGCUGCCCCGCCGUGCUGGACACGCUGCAGCGCGCGGCACGUGCCACCCUGAGCAGGAUCGCAGCUGUGAUCCGGCGACGGGGCCGGCGGCCGGGGGAACAGCGGCACCCGGCUCAAGGCAUGGACGCAGCCAUGCUGGCAACAGCCCCAGCAGCAGGGGCAGAGAGCCAGGCAGCUGCCCUGCGCAGCCCCUGCCGCCUCCCCAGCCUCUCGCCCAGCCGACUGGAAGCUCGCAGGGGGCAGGGGGCAGGGGUAGCAGCGCAGACGCUCCUGCCCCUGCCACAGAGCCAGGAGGGGGCCUGCUCUGAGGACCAGAGCCUCUGGGACAUCUCCAGCCUCUUAGAGCGCUGCCAAGGCCCAGAAAACACACCCCAAAGCUGCAGUAGUGGCGCAGCAAGUAGCUCUGGCUCCCUCCCAUCUGAGGCAUGGUCAGAGCCCUGGGACUCUUCAUCGGCCACGUCCACAUCCACCUCCACGGACUGAGCUGCUGGGGGCAGGCUGGCACGUGGCCUUACCACCUGCAGCUGCACUUGAAGGAAGAGGCCUUUUUCCAACUAGACA